GAUAUUAAAAGUAAAUUCAAAAAAAAGUAAGUGAAAAGUGAUAAUUAAAAACGUUAAACGGAUAUGAAACAGUCGUACAAUUAAAUAUCCGAAGUCAGAACAGUUUUUUCCCGUUUUCGGGCCGCGAUCGACCAGACGGGAGCACAGGAUGGAGGACGAGGUGACGUUCCUCUUUCAGCUGGGUGUGCUGCGGGACGCGGUGUCGGCGCCUGCGCAUCGGCUCACGCUCGCACACCUUAAGGAGCUCGCUGUCAAGUUUGUACACGAUAAGAUCCCAGACAACGGACUUAAUAGGCUAUCAGAUCGCAUUCUACUGUUCCGCCACGACUACUGUUCGCCCAACGUGCUGCAGCUCGUCAAUUCGUCUACCGAUGUCACGGACGAGACCCUGGUCGAGAUCGUUCUCACAGCAAACCCAACCAUAUGCGACGGCGGUACGGAGCAGCCGGUGUCGCGGCCGCACGCGUUGGCCGUGCACUCGUACAAGGCGCCGACGUUCUGCGACUUUUGUGGGGAGAUGCUGUUUGGCUUGGUGCGGCAGGGGCUAAAAUGCGAAGGGUGCGGUCUAAACUACCACAAGCGAUGCGCAGUGAAAGUACCGUCAAAUUGCAAGACACCCGUCGUGGGCGCAGCCGCCGCGGGUACUUCCCGUCGUCAGUCGGGGGCGCCCCGCAGUCCGUCACGGACGUCUGCGCACAGCCACGCGUCGCAGGACGACUCCCUGGUGGGAACCGCGAGCAAGCGAUCGACGAACACGUGGCCGACGAGUUCGCUGGGCAUCCCUCACACUUUCCAAGUGCACUCUUACACCAGACCGACCGUGUGUCGUCUCUGCAAGAAGCUGUUGCGCGGCCUUUUCAAGCAAGGCCUUCAGUGCAGGGACUGUCACUACAACGCCCACAGGAAAUGUCUGCCGUUCGUGCCCAAGGACUGCGGCGGAGAGAUACGGGAUUUACACGGGGAGUUCCAAGACAGCUGCAGCACGAGCAGUGAAGUAUCGGACGGGACUCGAGCGCAACUCGACGAGGAGUCUGACGACGGAGACGUGAACAACGGUGAACACGAUGAGCCCGUUCAACUACGCAACAGUGAAACGGACCCCGAAGAAGAACCUCAACGCGAUACGUCACCGAGUCGACCCAGCAGUGCUUCGUCGUCUCCGAGUGCCAACAUCCCUCUGAUGCGAAUAGUGCAGUCCGUGAAGCACACCAAGAAGAGAGAGGGCCAGUGGCUGAAGCAGGGCUGGCUGGUGCACUUCACCAACAAGGACGCCACCGUCCGUCGGCACUACUGGCGCAUGGACAGCAAGUGCAUCACGCUGUUCUCUUCCGAGACCGGAACCAAGUACUACAAGGAGAUUCCUCUGCACGACAUUCUCGCCAUCCAGACCGCCCGGCACCCGCACUCCGAGGUGAUGCACUGCUUCGAGCUGCGGACCGCCAACGUGGACUACCUGGUGGGAGCGGAGGAGGCCGGCGGCUCCGCGCCGGAGUCGGGGCUGGGGGCCUAUCUCGCCCGCUCCUGGGAGACCGCCAUCCGCCACGCCCUGCUGCCGCUCAAUGUGCACGUCCCGCGGUCCGGCGAAGGUCAAAGCGGCGGAGGCUCUCAGCGCGGAGGGGGUCGCCUGGAAAUGUCGCAGCUGUACCAGAUCCACCCCGACGAGGUGCUGGGUUCGGGGCAGUUCGGAAUCGUCUACGCCGGCCUACAUCGCGAUACGCUCAGACCCGUCGCUAUCAAGGUGAUAGACAAACUCCGCUUCCCGACCAAACAGGAGGCCCAGCUGAAGAACGAAGUGGCCAUCCUGCAGAACCUGUCCCACCCGGGGGUGGUCAACCUGGAGAGGAUGUUCGAGACCCCCGAACGCAUCUUCGUGGUGAUGGAGCGGCUGAAGGGAGAUAUGUUGGAGAUGAUUCUGUCCCACGAGCGAGCUCGAUUACCGGAGAGGAUCACCAAGUUUGUGGUCGCACAGAUCCUGGUGGCGCUCAAGCACCUCCACGAGAAGAACAUAGUCCACUGCGACCUGAAGCCCGAGAACGUGCUGCUGUCUUCGGACGAGCAGUUCCCGCAGGUGAAGCUCUGCGACUUCGGCUUCGCUCGCAUCAUCGGGGAGAAGUGCUUCCGCCGGUCCGUGGUCGGCACUCCGGCCUACCUCGCCCCCGAAGUGCUGCGCAACGCGGGCUACAACCGCUCGCUGGACAUGUGGUCGGUGGGCGUCAUCGUCUACGUGUCGCUGUCAGGCACCUUCCCCUUCAACGAGGACGAGGACAUCAACGAGCAGAUCCAGAACGCGGCCUUCAUGUACCCGCCCACGCCCUGGAGGGAGAUCUCGCCUGAAGCCGUCGACCUGAUCAACAAUCUGCUGCAAGUGAAGCAGCGCAAGCGCCUGUCCGUGGACAAGUGCGCGGCCCACGCCUGGCUGCAGACCCGCGAGGCCUGGCAGGACCUCAGGGCCCUCGAGCGGAGGGUCGGAGCGCGCUACCUGACGCACCCCAGCGACGACCAGCGCUACCAGGCGCACUGACCAGAGCCCGAGCUCCCCCCGGAGGAGAUCGGCUGCGUCACCGUCCGACUCUACUGGAGGAAACUGCUCGUCAGGGCUAAGUGACCGCCGUGGAACUUCGCGUACUCCAUUUCGAUGGACGUCCUCGACGAGGUCGCAGGUUGGCAAGGCCUGGCCUCUCUCGUUUAAAACGAUAGCUUAUUACAUCAAUAUUUAAUGGCGGCUUUUGGAGACAAAAUAAAAUUACAAUUCGAGACAUGCCCCCGGUCACGGAUGUGGUUUAUUCCUUUGGGAAAUGUUAAGUUUCCGCAGCUAGAUAGAUAUAUUAAAUAAAUUUUACUUCCUCUAAUAGAAUAACUCGUAACAUUUAAUUGUAGUUAAACAUUGAAUAAGUACAAAUAUUUGUAAGGGUUAUUUCGUGACCCACCAUCGUCGAGGAGUCGGAACCCCCGAGGCUCUCGAUCAAUAUUAAUCUUCGGUUACGUGACAUUAUAUAAUUAAAAUGGCGACUAGGCAUAGGCCGCUCGACUUGAAAGAUUUGUUUUUUUUAAACCGACCUAAAUUGUAAUUGUAUAAAAGUAUCUCAUGUUCAUUUCAUUACACAUAUAUGCGAUGUAUAAUGUAGCUAUUAAUGAAAUGUUAAGUAAGAUACGUCUUUACUUAGUUUAAAUAUUGUCAAGACCGCGUCAGGGGGUUCGUAACGAACAUAAAAUGAUACUGUUUUUUAAUUUACGUGAAAUCUUCGUAGGUGUAAGGGACACGCCUCAAACGGCCUAAUAUUUAGAAUACCUAGUUCAUAAGAGAAUAUAGUAAUAGAGCCGGACUCAUUAUUUUUAUAAAUUUGCUUUAACCGAACAUUGCUUUCUUAUUUACACAAGAAUUUAGGAAUGUCCUUACGUUCUUUAUGUUUUACUUUAGAAUUUGUAAUAUACGCGUAUACGUAACUAACUCAUACAAAACCUACUUUCUUAAAUAACUAUCAUUUACUACUUAUGAAACACAUUAUUAAUAAAAUGAAUGUGUUUUUUCUAUGAAAACACAUAGGUUAGAGUUUUAGUAAAAUCCAUAUUAUAUUCAAAACAAAAUCUCUACAAAUUCCGCACUAAAACAAUUUGCCAAAACCUUUCUUCGAAGUGCCAACACGAGGCCGUUUUGACUUCCGACGGAAUCAUUUGCAUGUUAAUGAUGUAAUUAGCCGAGACAUUAUUUAAAUGAGAAGUUGUCGAUGAAUAUUGUUAAAAUUUUAGGAAAUAAUCUUAUCUAUUUUCCACUUACUCUGUGGGUAAAGAAGUAUGGGUUCUUUGGUAUAAAUAAGCAUUUGAACUGGAACUAGGCAUUUAUUUAAAAGGUUGUCAAAGUGAUAUAUUUAUUACGCCAAAAUACCGUUUUUGGCGGAUUCCAACACGCUUAUAACGGCAAUAUUCCUAUGUAUAACAUUUUAAAAAGGUAAUUGGUCGUACGACAUUCUGAUAAAUUAAGGAUCGUUUUUAUGUUUUCGAUAAUUUUUUCAAUCAAAUCUUCCAAAUACUGUGAUCUCUGUUAUAAGUGAUUUUCAUUUUAUUAGUGCUUCCAGAAUAUGAAGUAGUUGCAAAUUGAGGCCCUUAUUCAUAAAAACUCAGUUUUAUUGCACUGUUGUUUAACUAAAAUACGCUUUUGUCUCUUUUCGUUAAAUUAUAUUUACGCUGUAAUGAAACGAGACAGACGUAAUUGGACUGAUUUAUUUUUUUUAUUAAUAAGACAAGAAAAUUUCAACGAUUUUUGUCACGUGGUUUUAAAACAAUCAAUUUUUUUUAUUUUAUUUAGAAAAUGCAUAACAUUACAUAGAUGCGGUAGCUCAGGUAGUGUGUAGGCUUAGAGUUCUUGGGUUGUAACUCCCGAAAAUCAAAUUGUGGCACACUCGUGGCAUCUAUUUUGAAGAGGUUCUACAAUAUUUUUUUAUAUUUGUAAUCGUAGGAGCUUUAAUUUAUUUUUAGUAUUAUUUUUUAUAUCUACUAUUUUUUACAGAAGUUUGGACCAAUAUUUAUAAACUUAAUUUUAUAUUAUAAACUGGAUGUAAACUAUUUCUUCGUUUUGUUUAACGCGUUAAAGAUGUUAUGUCGACUUACAAAUUUUAAUGCGUUUUGUAGAUAAAUUGUCUUGUCAAUUUUGUAAAAUUAAUAUACACAAUGUUGCUAAAUGAUAAAAUAAUAAAGUGUUAAUUCUAA